AACUGAACACUUUACUCUUCUUAUUUUUCACCUCCUUCUGAUGCCCUGUUCUUUUGUACAUUAUAGGGUGUGACUGUUUGGUUGUUAGGGAAGAGAGCUGCUUCAGUGAAGAUAGAUGAGGUUACACAGGCGACAAUUAUUAAAUGCACUGAGUCGAUGUGGAAAUUGACAUACUAUGCAACUCUUGAAGUGUAUGUUCUGAAGAUUCUGUUUGAGGAACCAUGGUUCUGGGAUUCACAACUGUACUUCAGAGGCUUGCCAAAUCAAGAAUUGAAGUGAGUAGUUAAAUUCUGUAUUCGGGGGCGACUGUUUUGGGGGGCGACUGUUGGGUUCAGGUCUUAAAGAUAAUAUUUUUGUUCUUAUUCCUGCUAGUUGUUCAGGCUAAUCAGCCUUUUCAUUUUUGUUAUUUUCUGGCAUAUCUUAAUACUUGAGAUUGCAAAAUUGUCUCUUCUGUCUUUAAAUAUUAUCUGAUGUCAUCGAGUCAUCCAGCAUUGUGGCUCCUAAGUUUCUAUCCUAAGUACUCACAUGUCAUUUUUCUAUUGCAGGCUUUCCAUUAUGCUAUAUUACAUGUGCCAGUGUGGAUUCUACCUCUAUAGUAUUCCUGCUCUCGUUUUGUGGGAAACUAGAAGGAAAGAUUUCUCUGUCAUGAUGUCUCAUCAUGUUAUUACAGUAGCGUUGAUCGGAAUCUCAUAUGUUACAAGGUAGUGCUUCAGUGAUUAUACAGCUCUAUGACUGACAAUUUAUUGUAGGUUACACGUCCUAAAGGUUGCCGUUGGUUUCAUAAUUUUGUCCAAAGAUCAUCUUCUUGCUUCUCCCUUCACUGCAUUUCCCAUUUGCCUUGUUUACUGAAGAAAUUGACUUCCCAUUACCACAUGAUGCAGGAAUAUGAUAGGGCCACUCAAUUUUCUAAUUGAUUCUUAAUGUUCACCAUGUCUAUUUCAUUUGCUGAAGUCAAAUAGUUUUAUAGUCUGGAAACGGUGUCAUUAUGCAUCUCUCUUGUGGGUGGGUGUACUUUGGCAUCUGACAAGAACAACUUGUAGACUUGUAAUAUAGUUUAAACACUAACAAACUAUGAUGAAUUCCCUUUUUGGUGUCUCACAUAACCAGAAAUGGCAUGACUGAGAUGUUAAAGCAUUGCUCAUUCUCUCUAAGAUUGCCUACACUAUAAGUUUCUUUUUAGAAGAAGCAACCGAACUGUGAGCUUCAGUUUAACUGACGAAAUAACAGAAUGCCUAACCUUUUCCCUCUCCAGCUUUUUCCGGAUAGGUACAAUCAUCCUGGCCCUCCACGAUGCUAGUGAUGUAUUCUUAGAAGCUGCUAAAAUCUUUAACAAGACCAGGAAGGAGCUUGGAGCAAGCAUUUGCUUUGGCUUAUUUGCUGCCUCAUGGCUCAUUCUGCGAUUGAUAUUCUUUCCAUUUUGGAUUAUCAGUAGUACAAGGUUUGUCGCAAUCUCCUUUCCUCCUUCUGUCUAUCCCAUAUGUUAAAAAUUUCAUGUGGUUUUGCUUUGUCGCCAGCCGCGAUCUUGUGGAGUAUUUGGAUUUAAGACAGUGGUACCCGAGAUCACUGUACUAUGCAUUCAACACGUUGCUGAUCAUGUUACUUAUAUUCCACAUCUACUGGUGGAUUCUGAUAUGGGCUAUGAUAAAAAGGCAGCUACUGAACAGAGGAAAGGUCGAAGGCGAUAUAAGAUCUGGUAAGGCUUCGCGCCCCACUUCAGUUAGUGAGUGUUUUUUUUCAAUCUUAAUCGUCAUUGUGGCUCGGUUCUGCUUCAAGUUCCAGCAACUGAUCAUGGUUAUGUAUCGCCAUUGCAGACUCGGAAGAAGAGGACUGAAUGCGAAUAGGCAGUAUUGCUCGUCGGAGUUGUCUUGUCUGACGGAGGGCAGUAGGGGGCGAGGCAGUUAGGGGGUUUUGACUAUGAUUCUUGUUGUAGGGUAGGAUGUUGGUGAAGCUCUUAUAUUAGUUCCAUCUUCUCAGAAUUCUGAUGUGGAGAUCAAAAGCUCUUGCUGGUGCAAGUGUAGAGAUGAGUUGACGAAAGUAGAGCAAAGGACCAGAGCAGGGAGGCAGGCAGGCAGUACGGUGGUGUUCUUGUUAGUUGAUAUUUUUGGGGUUAAGUGUCUUCUAUUUUUUUACCAUUUACUCUACAUUUGGUGUAUACAUGAUAUGAUAGGCAACUCAACUCCUGUGAUAUGAAAUUUCCCAAGCUCAGUAAAUUUUACAGAAAGUAUAUAGUUUCCUUUCCCAAUUCACAACCUAUAUUUUUCUCUGAAAACCAUGUUAUUCCAUGUAGGGCUGGAAGUUUGGUACCGGUAUUUGGGAUAUAUCGAAUACCGUACCGAAUUUGUGUAUAUUUGGUAUUACCGAAUACACGUAUUAUUUCUUGAAAUUGGAAUUCCAUUUCAGUUGUUAUUUGGUAUUAGGGAUUACGGGAUUGAGAUCGGUAUAUACCGAAAUACCGAACAAUACCGAAAUAUAAGCUAGUGUGUAUUUUAUCUUCUCAACUAGACUCUCUCAUUCACUAUUACACGACACUCAAUCACCAAUCUAUUGUUAUUUUCAUAACACAAAAAAACAAACACUAGUAUUAGUCUUCUCUCAGCCUCCAAUUCGUCAAAAUUAAGGAUUAACAAUGACAAAAACUUGAGAUUUCACCUCUCCUCUGUUCUCCUUAUCCAUAUCCUAGCUCUAGCCUCUAGCCAAACUCAAAACUCUUUGCUUAGUCUAUUUGUCCUAUAUUAAAUAAUCAAAUCUAAUUUAUAUAUUUAAUUAUUAAUUAUAAAGGUAAUUAAUUUCGUAUUUCAUAAUACCGAUUGGGAUACCGAAAUAUUUAGGGAUUGAGAUUGAUUUUAGGGUGUAAUUUGGUAUUUGAGAUUUCGGUAUUUUGUACCGAUACCGUACCGAUUUUCGCCCCUAAUUCUAUAUACCUAUGCUGUAUUUAGUAAAUUUAAUGCAAAUCACUACGACUUGUCGGUUAGGAGGCGGUUUAUCAGUAUCAUGUCCAAAUCAUUAAGAACCGUUCAGUCCAUCCAUAACCGUUCAAUCAAAUGAACUGAGUCGCUACUGUAACUGAUUUAGUGGUUCUACUGGCCCAUCUAUUAAUCCGAUUCGAUUCUACUGCUGUAAGCCUCUAUCCUAACAACGGCCUGUGCCACGUUAAAUACUAUUUUUAUUGUGUGACCCGAGCGGGGAAUUUGAACUCCCAAGAUUACACCAACUUACGAUUUAUUACGUAAUGGCAUACGUCUUACAGCAACGUGGGCCCCAAUUAUUUAAGGGCCUGGACCUUUUCAAAUGCGUGGUCAAGCCCAAGCAGGAUUUUCCAAUUUUUUUUUUUUGUUGUAAACUUGACAAGUGGCCAGGAAUCGGAAGUCUUAGGGGUUCACACGUGUCCGGUAAUACUGCCACUGUCGCCGGGACCCUCCAACGGCCAGCCCAACGUUUUCCGGCGUUAUCUCAUCCGUCGCCGUCGCCGUCCCUACUUCUGAUUUCUCGUCCACUCUUCCUUCCUUUGGGCCCCUUCUGGUUUUUGGCCUGGUUCCUGGUUGUCUUCUUGUAAGUUUUAUUGUACAUUUGCCAUUUUUGGUUGACCUCUUGUUUUCAGGCAAAUCCAUUUCCCAACUUGGGAAAAUUAUGUCAAGUUACAUUUUUUUUUGUUGAUAUGUGUGUUUACCCACACAAAAAAUGCUUACCACAUUGCUUGAUUAUAAGAGAUUAAAUGACUUCAUAAGGUAAAUUAAAAUGAUUUAAAUUGGAUUAUAAGGGUUCGAUUUUUAAGUAGACGCGGUGUACUAACGUAGUCCAAUAUAUUUAAUAAAUCUCUUCAUGUUGGAUUAUAGGGGUUCGAUUAUAAUUGUUCGAAAUUUUUUGCACAAAUCAAACGAGUUUGUUGUGAUAUACAAAAUAAGAUCCAUGUUCAAUAUAUUUCGGUAAAGAAAUAUUCGUAUUACGCAUACCACUCGUUACCACCUGAUACCAGUCUGUACCACAUUCUUUUGAACUUUAAUUUAAAAAAAAAAAUUGACUAGAAGGAACGAAUUCAUCUUAAAUUUAUUAGAUCUACAAAUUUAUGAGAGAAAAUUUUUCAGGACCAAAUAUACCAUCUUGGUGCGAACAAGGGCUUGAUUUAGUGGUAAUACCACUAGCCUAGAACUUGGAGGUUCCAAGUUCGAAUCCUUAAGUUGUACCUUAAAUAAAAAAAAAACCUAUAUCACCCUUAUCCAGAAAAAAAAUAUACCACUCUGGUAUAUUCCUACUAGGCUACUAUCCUGUAUGCAACAUCUCUACACUUUGACAUGUUUAUACCAUCACGGUAUACUUCUAUACAAUGUGGUAUAAUCUUAUAUAAUACCAAACAUUACUAUCAUGAUACAAACUCGUAAUAAAAUUUUCAUUUAUUUAUAAAUAUAUCAAAGUGUAUAUUCAUUUGAAAAACACAAUUAAUCUAAUUUCUCCGUAAAAAAAAAAAUUUACAAAGUAAAACUAGAUAUCUUCUGUAAAUUAUUAGUAUGAAUUAUGUACUACAAUGUUAUGUACCGUACCCACUCCUAUUCUUCAUCUAGUUUUUUACUUAAAUUGCAAAAUUAUUAACUUCUAAAAUGACCGUCGAAAUCUAAUCACUAAUUAGCCGUCCAAAUAAACCUUCUUUUUCCCCGAUAAUUAAUAAAACCCUUUCUCCUCACGUGCGUGCAGACAAAAAAUUAUAUAAAAAGACCCUCCACGUCAUCCGAAAGUGCCCCCACUUCAAGUCCAGUCAGCAAGCGGGGUCCUACCUUUUUUAUCCAAAAAAUACCAUCACGUGCAAAUUCCAACCUCCUUCCAUUUUCCAUUUCAUUCAACCCCGUGUCUGAACUGUGUCUAUCCCAGCUGGCAAGCCACGUCACCUCCUCCUUCUUCCUCUCUUCCGUAUAUAAACCCUUUGACCGCCAUAUUUCCCCCUCAAACCAAAAUCCAUCCGCAAAAAGAAAAAACACUCCAGAAAGAAAACAGAGCAAGAAAUUCAAUCUCCAAAUCAUGAACCAGAUUUCUCCCAAGCGGCCGAAGGUCAGCGGCUCGCCGCCUCCGCCGUCUCGCCUCACCCAGGAGGAGGAGCUCGCCGUCAUGGUCGCCGCGCUUCGAAACGUCGUCGCCGGCACCACCAACUCACUUCGAGCCCACCAAUUAGUCCAAUUCUCAUUGCCGCUCCCGGCGUCGGAUCUCGACACGUGUACGGUGUGCCGGAUCGAGGGCUGCUUGGGGUGCAGGCUUUUCCCGCCAAACCACCAAGAGGAUCAACAGAAUCAAAAUGCGGCCAGCAACAACAACAACGAAAACAAAAACAAGAAGAAGCAACCCGCCGCGCCGCGGAAACAGAGGGGGAAUAAUAAGAAGAAGAACAGCUACAGGGGAGUAAGGCAGCGGCCGUGGGGGAAAUGGGCGGCGGAGAUUCGGGACCCGCGAAGGGCGACGAGGGUGUGGCUCGGGACGUUCGACACGGCGGAGGACGCGGCGAGGGCUUACGAUCGGGCGGCGAUCGAGUUCCGGGGCCCGCGUGCCAAGCUGAAUUUCUGCUUCCCCGAUCAAAUUCAGAUCGACGGGAGCUCGGAUUGUUCGAAUCGAAUAAUGCCGGCCGGGUCGGAGAAGGCGAAGGGGAAGCGGGUGAGAGAGGAGAGGCCGAAGGUGGAGGAGAUGAUGGCGAUUGAUGGAAAUGGGAUGAUCGGAAGUUGUAGCGAAGCGAUGGGGGAAAUGAUGAUGGGUGGAGAACAGGAUGAGUUUCAGGAGUGGAUGAGGAUGGUGAUGGAUUUCUCCGGCGGGGAUUCUUCGGAUUCCGGCGGUACGUCGGGGACAAUGUGCACGACCGCCGGGAAUCUCUGCUUCUGAAUAUCCUCUGUUUUCUUUUUUCCGGCCAACCGAGUAAGAAAACAGAGUAGAAGCAGAACAGGGGAGGAGGGAAGGAAAGAAGCUUCUGAUUCUUUUUUUCUCAGUAGAUUUUUUUUUAUUAGGAGAAAAGGAAUCAGAAUUUUCUGUGUAAUAUAGUUUCUAUUUUAUUUGUUAAAUUCAUUUUUCAAAUACGAGAAAUGAUGCUACAAGUCUACAACAACACUGUAAAUUCCACAAAUUAUUUGGUGUGAACGAUUGCUUACUUCGUAAUGUAUUUAGUUAAAAUCGGCCUAUAAACCAAUUAUAAUCAUACCACUUGCUAAACCGACGUAACGAUAUAAACCGAUAACCUAUGCGCGGAACACAAUACGAGUGGUGGGACCAACGCGGUCCACUUCAAACCUGAAGAAAAAGACCGACGCGUGGGACCCGCGCCCAGGGGGGAUCUGCGCCUUCAGAGUUCAGUAUUUACUAAAACAGAAAGAACAUGUGUGGUUUCCGAUCCUUCGAUAAAAAUUAACCAAGUUGGAGCUUAUGUUAUAGUGAUCAUCAUUUAACACGUGGGUGAAAUACAAUCAUUUUGAGUUU